GAAGAGAUAAAUUCCAAAUUUUUGUUAGGGAAUUAUUGAAUUCUGCUGUUUGCGUGGCCCAUCUGUUAUUGUUUCUGGCUUUAGUUGGUUUGCUUAUCUGGGUGGGGAAAGGGUGUCUGUGGUUGCGUGGGUUUCACUUUCCCUGAACUGGGAGGGGAGGAAUGUUUUCUGGGUCUGCUUGAGAUUGCUUUGUUUGAGUUUUGAAGGGAUUCGAGUCCUUGCUAGUUUAUCUUCUGAUCUGCAAAGGAACUUUUCUACCUUUUUCAUCUCUGCUAAAAACCGGUUCUUUGUUUGGUUUUUGGCUGGUAAAUUAGAGUUUCCUGUUCAUUUGGUGGAAUCACAAAAAGGGGUUAUAGAUGGCGACCCUUGGGGAUAUAGGGGUUUCAGCGGCCAUCAAUCUUCUCACUGCCUUCAUAUUCCUUCUGGCAUUUGCUAUUUUAAGGCUUCAGCCUUUCAAUGACAGGGUGUAUUUCUCAAAAUGGUAUCUCAAAGGUUUAAGGAGCAGUCCUACGCAGGCAGGAGCUUUUGUGCGCAAAUUUGUUAACUUGGAUUAUAGGUCAUACUUGAGAUUCUUGAAUUGGAUACCAGAAUCUCUGAAAAUGCCAGAACUUGAGCUUAUUGAUCACGCAGGGUUGGAUUCGGCAGUUUAUUUGCGCAUUUACUUGUUGGGACUAAAGAUUUUUGUCCCUAUUACUUUCCUUGCGUGGUCAAUCCUGGUACCUGUUAAUUGGACAAAUAGCACAUUAGACAAUGUCAAGCUAACAAAUGUUACCUCUAGCGACAUUGAUAAGCUGUCAAUUUCAAAUGUUCCUCUUGGAUCAAACAGGUUUUGGACUCAUAUUGUGCUAGCUUAUGCUUUCACUUUCUGGACCUGCUAUGUGUUACUAAAAGAGUAUGAGACAGUUGCUUUUAUGCGAUUGCAUUUUAUUUCAUCAGAGAAACGCAGACCAGAUCAAUUUACUGUUCUUGUUCGAAAUGUACCACCAGAUCCAGAUGAAUCUGUUAGUGAGUCAGUGGAGCAUUUUUUCCUGGUCAAUCAUCGAGAUAACUAUCUUACACAUCAGGUGGUUUACAAUGCAAACAAACUGGCCAAGUUGGUCAAGAAGAUGAGAAGGAUGCAGAAUUGGCUUGACUAUUACCAACUAAAAUACUCCAGAAAUAGCUCAAGGAGUCCAAUGAUAAAGAUUGGUUUUCUUGGGUGUUGGGGUGAAAGAGUGGAUGCAAUUGAUCAUUACACAUCCAAAAUCGAGAAGCUAGCCAAAGAAAUAGCUGAUGAGAAAGCAAGGGUUCGGAAAGAUCCUAAAUCUAUCAUGCCAGCAGCCUUUGUUUCCUUUAAAACCCGAUGGGGUGCAGCUGUUUGUGCACAGACCCAACAAUCAAGAAACCCAACUUUAUGGUUGACGGAGUGGGCACCAGAACCUCGUGAUGUAUAUUGGGAAAACCUGGCAAUUCCUUAUGUCCAGCUAACCAUUAGGAGGUUGAUUAUGGCUGUUGCCUUCUUUUUCCUAACCUUCUUUUUCAUGAUCCCAAUUACAUUUGUACAAUCUCUUGCAAGCAUUGAGGGAAUUGAGAAAGCAGCUCCUUUCCUGAAGCCCAUAAUUGACAGAGAUUUCAUCAAGGCAUUCAUCCAAGGUUUUUUACCUGGGAUUGUGCUGAAGCUCUUUCUCAUCUUCCUUCCAACAAUAUUGAUGAUUAUGUCCAAGUUUGAAGGCUUUAAUUCUAUGUCAUCCUUAGAAAGGCGGGUAGCAACUAGAUACUAUCUUUUCAAUCUUGUGAAUGUAUUCCUUGGAAGCAUUAUUGCAGGCACUGCACUUGACCAGCUGAAGACAUUUCUUAAGCAGUCAGCCAAUGAUUAUCCUAAAACAAUUGGUGUAGCCAUACCAAUGAGAGCAACUUUCUUCAUUACUUACAUAAUGGUUGAUGGAUGGGCUGGAAUUGCUGCAGAGAUUUUAAUGUUGAAACCACUGAUAAUUUAUCACUUGAAGAACUUUUUCUUGGUGAAAACUGAAAAGGAUAGGGAGGAGGCGAUGGACCCAGGAAGCAUUGGUUUCAACACUGGAGAGCCGCAAAUACAGCUCUAUUUUCUACUUGGUCUUGUCUAUGCUGCUGUGACUCCUAUGCUGAUUCCUUUCAUAAUAAUUUUCUUUGGGUUUGCUUAUGUUGUUUUUCGUCAUCAGAUCAUAAAUGUCUACAAUCAAGAGUAUGAGAGUGCCGCAGCUUUCUGGCCUGAUGUCCAUGGGCGUGUGAUCGCAGCAUUGGUCAUCUCACAAAUCUGUCUAAUGGGAUUACUGGCAACAAAGGGUGCUGCUCAGUCAACACCAUUUCUCAUUGCUCUUCCUGUACUCACCUUAUGGUUCCAUAGUUUCUGCAAAGCACGCUACGAACCUGCCUUCGUUAGAUAUCCAUUACAGGAAGCAAUGAUGAAGGAUACUCUGGACCAUGCAAGGGAGCCACAGUUUAACUUGAAAGCCUAUCUUCAGAAUGCUUACAUUCAUCCUAUCUUUAAAGACGAUGAAGAUGAGGAUGAUGAGGAAUUCAUUAGCAAGCUGGAGAAUGAGUCUGUGUUAGUCCCUACAAAACGUCAAUCUCGAAGAAACACGCCAGCGCCUAGCAAAAUCAGCGUUGGAUCAUCACCAUCUUUACCCGAGGCUGUUGUUCGUGAAUAUCCCGAACCAUAAAUUAGGUACAUAAACAUGGGAGAAAAGGCCAUCACUGUGUCACGCAACAUUAUACUGAACAAUGGAGGCAGAAAGGGCAACUGCAGUUCUUUUCAAACUCCUGCAAAAGAGGAGUUUCGGGUUUUAGAGCCAUCAGUUUCAAUGUACAAAUAUUAUCAGAUGAUACAACGGUAGAAAUUAUGCGGAUAAGAUGUUUGUUAUUUCUUCUGGUUUGUUCUUACAAUGUUUAAUUCGCAAUUACAAGGGAGCUUUC